AAUCCAACAAUGGCUUCCACUAGCAGCCGAAAACCCUCUUCCUUUUCUACUUCUAUUCCUCCUUCGAGUUAUGAUGCGUUCUUGAGUUUCAGAGGGGAAGACACCCGUAAAAAUUUUACGGGUCAUCUCUACCAGGCUUUAGUUGCACAUGGAAUUAACACCUUCAAAGAUGAUGAAGAGCUCGAGACAGGAGGGGUCAUUGCAGAAGCACUCAUUCAAGCCAUCGAGGAAUCAAAGGUUUUCUUUGUCAUUUUCUCGAAAAACUAUGCUUACUCGAAGUGGUGUUUAAACGAGCUUGUCAAAAUUAUUGAGUGUAUGAAAGCAAAGCAAAGAAGAGUUGUUCCAAUUUUCUAUGAUGUGGAUCCAUCAGAAGUGCGAAGACAAAGUGGGUAUGGAAAAGCAUUUGCUUAUCACCAAAAAGAUGCCAACCAAGAAAAGAAGAAGGAGAUUCAAAAGUGGAGGAUGGCCUUGACAGAAGCAGGCAAUCUAGCGGGAUAUGAUCUGCGAAAUUAUCGGUAUGAGUCAGAAGUUAUUGAGAACAUUAUUGAUGAUAUCCUUAAAACGAGUCAUCAACUUUUACAUGUUGGAAAUAACAUCAUUGGAAUGAACCUCCGUUUAGAAAAACUCAAAUCUUUGAUAGAAGUUGAAUCAAAUGAUGUUCGCAUGGUUGGGAUCUAUGGUUUUGGUGGAAUCGGUAAAACUACCAUGAGCAAAGCUAUUUAUAAUGAAAUCUCAACUAAAUUUGAGGGAAUUAGCUUUCUUGAAAAUGUGAGAGAAACCAAAGAUGAUUCUGGUCUAGUUCAAUUACAACAACUUCUUAUUAAUAGUAUCCUAAAGAGAAAAAAUCCAACAAUAAGCACUGGUCAUGAAGGAAUCCAAGUGAUAAAGAAAAGGCUCCAAACAAAAAGGGUCCUUGUUGUUUUGGAUGAUGUGGAUCAGUUGAAACAGUUGGAAUAUUUAGCAAGAAAGCAUGAUUGGUUUGGUCCAGGAAGUAGAAUCAUCAUAACAUCCAGAGAUCAACAUUUACUAAAAGUACAUGGAGUUGAUGCAUUACAUAAGGUUGAGAAAAAAAAAAUACAAGAAUGGGAAAGUGAAUUAUGUAAACUAAAAAGAAAACCCAACAAGGUUGUCCAAAAUGUUCUUAGGACAAGCUUUGAUGGGUUAGAUGAUUUUGAGAAGGAAUUAUUCCUCGAUAUUGCAUGUUUCUUCAAAGGGCAGAAUGAGAAUUUUGUUACUAGAAUACUAGAUAGUUGUGGUUUCAAUGCAACUAUUGGAAUAAAAGUUCUUAGUGACAAGUGUCUAAUAACAUUUUUCCAUGGCACCAUUGGAAUGCAUGAUCUAUUACAAGAAAUGGGUCGGGAAAUUGUUCGUGAAGAGUAUCCUAGAGAUCUAGGAAAAUGGAGCAGAUUAUGGGAACCUGACGAUGUGUAUCGUGUAUUACGAAGAGAGAUGGGGACCAAAGCAAUUGAAGGGAUAUUCCUAGACAUGGCUACAUCGAAAGAGAUUCAUCAUCACUAUGGCUUUACUAAAAGGGAUUACAAAGUGUUUCUUCCCAAAAAUUUUGAAUUUCCCUCUUACGAGUUGAGAUAUCUCUAUUGGGAUAGAUAUCCUUUGAAAUUCUUACCAUCACAUUUUGAUGGGGAGAACUUGGUAGAACUCAACUUGCAAUCUAGUAACAUAAAACAAAUUUGGAAAGGGAAUAAGUGUUUGCAAGCUUUGAAGGUGGUUGACCUAAGUCACUCAAAGAAGCUCAUCAAAGUGUCAAAUUUCUCAUGCAUGAAAAAUUUGGAGACACUAAUUCUUGAAGGUUGUACAAGUUUGCGCUGUGUUGACCAAUCUAUUGGAAUUCUAAAGAAGCUUACUUUACUGAGUUUGAAAGGUUGCAAAAGGCUUAGAAGUUUGCCAAGCACCGUUGAGUGUUUGGAAUCUCUUGAAACUCUUUAUCUCUCAAGUUGCUCCAAUCUUGAAAUAUUUCCAGAGAUCAAAAGGAAUAUGAAACGUUUAUUGUGGCUUGAGUUAGGUGGGACAGCGAUAAAAGAAUUACCCUCCUCAGUGGAUCAUCUCACUGCACUUCAAUACUUGGAUCUGCCUGAGUGCAAAAAUUUGAAAAGCCUUCCACGCAGCAUAUGUAGGUUGAAGUCUCUUGUGAAUCUCAAUCUUAAUGGUUGCUCAAACUUAGAGGCUUUUCCCGAAAUCUCCGAAAAUAUGAAAAGUUUACAAUGUAUUUUUUUGUGUGAAACGGCUAUAAAAGGGCUACCAUCAUCAAUUGAAAAUCUAGUUGAUCUUCGACUCUUGGUACUGGAUAAUUGCAAAAACCUUGCAACUCUUCCAAGCAUACUUUAUCAUUUGAGACAUCUUACAACUCCAUGUCUUGCAAACUGUUCAAGACUCCAUAAACAUCCGGAGAAGUGGAACCUGGAAUCUUUAGGUAGUAUUGGUUCGCAAUUGGCUUCCUUGAGGGAGAUAUCUCUAAGAGGAUCAAAUAUCCGCAGCAUGCAAGGUUAUCUUUGUUUGGAUAAGACUAGCGCCAUUGAAGAAUUUCCCUCCUCAAUUGAUCAUCUCACCCGACUUCAGAAGUUAGGUAUGAGAGUGUGCCAAAACUUGGAGAGUCUUCCGAGUAACACUGGUAGGUUGAAAUUCCUAGAAGAACCCAAUGUCAGUGAUCAGUCAAACCUGGAGACUUCUCUGGAAUCACAGAGAACGGAAUAUCUUAAGGGGCUCAAACUGGACUUGCAGAGUUUUAAAAGCUUAGAGCACUUGUUUCUGAUGGAUGGAACAGUCGCCAAUAAUUUAUGGCGCCUAUCAUCAGUAAAAUAUUUAGAUCUAAGUGAAUCCAAUAUUCAUCACAUACCUGAUGGUAUUACUGAAUGUUGUAAUCUGAAACACCUUAUUAUCCGUCACUGCAAGAAACUUAAAGAAAUUCCAAAGCUUCCAUCAAGCCUAGUAUGGAUAGAUGCACGCGGCUGCACAGACCUGGGAACAUUAUCAACUCCAUCAAGUCUUCUCUGGUCUUCUCUCCUCGAAUGGUUCAAGAAAGUUCAGAGGAUGGAAAAUUUUAAGGGGCUCAAACUGGACUUGCAGAGUCUUAAAUGCUUAGAGCUCAUGUUUCUGAUGGAUGGAAGAAUCGCCAAUAAUUUAUGGGGCCUAUCAUCACUAAUGUCUUUAGAUCUAAGUGAAACCAGUAUUCAUCGCAUACCUGCUGGUAUUACUGGAUGUUGUAAUCUGAAAUUCCUUACCAUCCGUCACUGCAAGAAACUUAAAGAAAUUCCAAUGCUUCCAUCAAGCCUACUAAGCAUAGAUGCACGCGGCUGCACAGACCUGGGAACAUUAUCAACUCCAUCAAGUCUUCUCUGGUCUUCUCUCCAUAAAAGGUUCCAACUUCAGAGGAAGGAAAUUUUCAAGGGGUUCAAACUGGACUGGUGGAGUUUUCAAAGCUUAGAGAACUUGUUUCUGAUGGAUGGAGCAAUCGCCAAUAAUUUAUGGGGCCUAUCAUCACUAAAAUCUUUAGAUCUAAGUGAAACCAGUAUUCAUCGCAUACCUGCUGGUAUUACUGAAUGUUGUAAUCUGACAGACCUUAUCAUCCGUCACUGCAAGAAACUUGAAGAAAUUCCAAAGCUUCCAUCAAGCCUACUAAGCAUAGAUGCGUACGGCUGCACAGGUCUGGGAACAUUAUCAACUCCAUCAAGUCUUCUCUGGUCUUCUCUCCAUCAACUUCCUUACAGCAACUACUGUAGGAGAAUUAUUCUUGGAAGUAAUGAAAUUCCAGAGUGGGUAUUGCAUCAGGAAAUGGGAAGCCAAAUAAGAAUAGAGCUUCCUAUGAAUUGGUAUCAGGAUGACCACUUCCUCGGAUUUGCAUUUUUCUGUCUUUGUUCAACAAUGCAUCUUUCUUUGAUUGAUUGUCGUUUGACCUUCUGCGAGGAUUCAGAAGAAGACAUCAGGGACUUUAGGUUUGACUCCGGCUUUGGAUACUUCAUGAUUGAUGAUAGUGAAUUUGAUGGACUGUGGGUGGAGUACUGUCCUAAGAUGGCUAUACUGAACAGGUUCCACUCCAAGCAAUAUGUGCACCUUCAGGCUUCAUUUGUUUAUUCAGGAUAUUGUGGUUGCGGUGGUAACGUGGAAAGUUGCGGGAUCCAUCUUAUAUACUAUCAAGAUCAUCAACAUAACCAUACCCAGUUGGGUUUUUCAUGA